AUGAGGAAUCGUACACGGAACUCAUCGGUGGUCAACGGCUCAGGGGACAAGAAUGAGUUUCGUUCCAGAACGCUCACUGAAGCUCGCGCAUCACGGAUCCGCCAGCCAUUGACGCGAAGUUGGGAUGGCAAGCGCGACGAGACUGCCGUUGAGGAUGCCGCCAUCGAGGCCCGCGAGCCCCACCACAAGGGCAAGAAGACCAAGGAGGCCAAGAAGGGCGGCAAGCGUGAUGAGCUCUCGGCUCGCGUCUUCUCUGCCUAA